AUGUCGCGCAGAAGCCUGGCGCCUACAGUGAGUCUGACUGGCUCUAUGUUGAGCCACGAGCUGGGCACGCCAUUUGCCAACAUCGGUGACUGCAUCACCAUGAUGACUAAUGGCCUACUCAGAAGUGCCCUCCGCCGAGUUGGCCCUGUUACUGGAUGCGCCAUGCUCGAAUGUUACAGUCUGGCAUACCUCAUGUGGCCUGAGGAUCAAACAGUGCUGCGCCCUCUAGAUAGUCCCCUCAUCCCUCAAUCUGUUGCCCCUGAGGGAGCCGCUGUUACCAAUGAUGCAUUGAGCAGAAAGAAAUUCAUGGCCCUCCGCGGCACAAAGGAUGCGGGCAAUUUUGAUCAAAUUCUUACUGGCGGCCGAGGAAUUCUAGUUUAG